CAGGAGCACCAGGGAAAGCAGCCAGUCUGAGAUAUUGACACUAUAGAAAAAACUGACAGCUUACUCCUUGUAUUGAUUCUACUCUUCUCUACAAAUAUAGACUCCGUUCCCUACCACAACCUUAUAGUUCUGCCCCAGAGACGACAAGCAUGAACACCUCAGACAACGGUGUCAACUGUCUAUGCGCUAUAUGUGGGGACAGAGCCACAGGAAAGCACUACGGAGCCUCCAGCUGCGAUGGGUGCAAGGGCUUCUUCAGACGCAGCAUACGCAAGAGUCACAUUUAUUCCUGCAGGUUCAGUCGGCAAUGUGUUGUUGACAAGGACAAAAGAAAUCAAUGUAGAUAUUGUCGACUGAGGAAGUGUUUUAGAGCAGGAAUGAAGAAAGAAGCUGUGCAGAAUGAGCGUGACAGAAUAAGCACCAGAAGAAGCACAUUUGACGGCAGCAACAUCCCGUCCAUCAACACACUGGCACAAGCAGAAGUUCGGUCUCGCCAGAUCUCAGUCUCAAGCCCUGGGGCAAGCACUGAUAUCAAUGUUAAGAAAAUCGCAAGUAUUGGUGAUGUCUGUGAAUCUAUGAAACAGCAGCUAUUAGUCUUGGUGGAAUGGGCUAAAUAUAUUCCUGCCUUCUGUGAGUUACCAUUGGAUGAUCAGGUGGCACUAUUGAGAGCUCACGCCGGGGAACACUUAUUGCUUGGAGCCACAAAGAGAUCCAUGAUGUAUAAAGAUAUUUUGCUUUUGGGGAACAACUACGUCAUUCACCGCAACAGCUGUGAGGUCGAGAUAAGUCGAGUGGCUAAUCGGGUUCUAGAUGAGCUGGUUCGACCAUUUCAAGAAAUCCAGAUUGAUGACAACGAGUAUGCUUGUUUGAAAGCGAUUGUAUUUUUUGACCCAGAUGCAAAGGGGCUAAGUGACCCAGUAAAAAUCAAGAACAUGCGGUUCCAGGUGCAGAUCAGCUUGGAGGACUACAUCAACGACCGCCAGUACGACUCCCGCGGCCGCUUCGGGGAGCUGCUGCUGCUGCUGCCCACGCUGCAGAGCAUCACGUGGCAGAUGAUUGAGCAGAUACAGUUUGUCAAACUUUUGGGGAUGGUUAAAAUUGACAACCUACUUCAGGAAAUGCUACUAGGUGGUGCUGCCAGUGAUGGGAGUCAUCUCCAUCAUCCAAUGCAUCCACAUUUGUCUCAAGAUCCACUCACUGGACAAACUAUCCUUUUCAGUCCUAUGUCAACACUGGUUCACACAGACCAGAUUUCAACUCCUGAAACCCCACUGCCUUCCCCACCACAAGGUUCUGGACAAGAGCACUACAAAAUCCCUGCGAACCAAGCUUCGGUCAUUGCCCAUCAGCCUCUCUCCAAACAAAAACAAUUGUGAACGUGUUUACUUUUGACCGGCACUGCUUCACUGUGAAAAGUUCUUGGCCUUGAAAUAUCUCAGGAUGGUACUUUUGGCAAACUCUUAGCCA